AAAAGAGGAAAAUAAAAAGCUGAUAGAAAAUUACAAUUCUGAAAGAGUUUUGAGAAAAAAGUAUUACAACAUGUUGGAAGACAUGAGAGGAAAAAUCAGAGUAUUCUGCCGUAUACGUCCUUUGGAUAAAUCUGAAGUAGCUCGUGGAAGUAAAUGUGUUAUUACUUGUCCCGAUGAGUACACGGUAACUGUGGACAGCACCCGUGGGCUCAAGGAGUUCCAGUUUGACAAAGUUUUUAAUGGCACGAGCAUGCAAGAUGAAGUUUUUGAGGAUACAAGCAGGCUAAUCCAAUCAGCUGUGGAUGGCUAUAAUGUCUGUAUUUUUGCCUAUGGACAAACUGGCUCUGGAAAGACAUUUACGAUGAUAGGUGACAAAGAUCUGAGCAAUCCAGGAGUUAUGCCAAGAGCUUUUAAGAGGAUGUUUCAGAUUAUUGAUGAGAACCAAUCAAAGUCAGACUUUAAGGUAUCUGCUUAUAUGUUGGAACUCUACAAUGAUCGUCUAUUGGAUCUAUUUGUACAUCCAAAUGAGUCAUUUAAUAAGAAGACUGAAAUCAAGAAAGAUAAAAAGGGUCUUGUGUUUGUUCAGGGGCCAGAAAUUAAAGAAGCAUCUAGUGCAGAGGAGCUUUUUGCCCUGUUUGAACAAGGCUGCAGCAACAGACAUAUUGCUGCCACAAGAAUGAAUGCUGAAAGCUCACGGUCCCAUUUAAUCAUUGGGGUCCUAAUUGAAAGCACUAACCUCACCAAUGGAAGCAUAACUUACGGAAAGCUGAGUCUUGUUGAUUUAGCAGGAAGUGAAAGGGCUGCAAAAACUGGAGCAAAAUUUGAGCAGCUGAAGGAAGCAAACUCCAUCAAUAAGUCGCUAAGUGCUCUGAGUGAUGUCAUCUUUGCCCUUUCAACUGAGCAGUCAUUUAUACCGUAUCGCAAUAACAAACUGACUCAGCUCAUGCAAGACUCCCUGGGAGGAAAUGCAAAAACACUUAUGUUUGUCAACAUCUCUCCAGCAGACUACAAUGCAGAAGAAACUAUCAUUUCACUGGUCUAUGCCACACGUGUUAAGGCAAUAACCAAUAAUGCUGUGAAAAAUAUUGAAAGUAAGGAAAUCGCUCGGCUUAAAGAGAGUGAAGAGCAGCUUAUAGGAUGCUAUGCAAAAACUAGUACACAAGAUGUCAGCUGGCUUUGUAUGACUGGGAAGGCAAUGAGAAAAAGCAAAAAGAGAAUGGGAUCAAAAAGGAGAUAA